ACACUCUAUCUCUACAUAUAUACGUGUGUCAAGAGAACCAGUCCUAGCUUCGGUUACACUUACACAAAUUAUUCUUCUCAAAAGUACACCCAAAACCAUGAACCCUAAUCUUGAUCCAAUCCACGGUCCAUCAUCAUCAUCAACAACAACAACAGCAUCAUCGUCGACACCAUACGGAUUAACGAAGGAGGAGUUCUCGACACUAGACUCUAUCAUCCGAACACACCAUACGUUCCCAAGAUCGUCAAACACGUGUACAUCCCUCAUUGUACACCGCAUAGACGCACCAGCACAUGCCAUAUGGAGAUUCGUCCGCGACUUCGCCAAUCCAAACAAAUACAAACACUUCAUCAGGAGUUGCACCAUCAGAGGUUACGGUAACAACGACGGCGUCAAAGAGAUUAAAGUUGGGACUAUAAGGGAAGUGAGCGUCGUGUCUGGUCUCCCAGCGUCAACAAGCGUUGAGAUGCUCGAAGCUCUAGAUGAAGAGAAACGGAUCUUGAGUUUUCGCGUUCUUGGAGGAGAACACCGGUUAAAUAAUUACCGGUCGGUUACAUCGGUUAACGAGUUCGUCGUCUUGGAUCAGAAGGAUAAGAAGAGAGUGUACAGUGUGGUCUUGGAGUCUUACAUUGUUGAUAUACCAAAAGGUAACACGGAAGAAGACACGAGGAUGUUUGUUGAUACUGUCGUCAAAUCGAAUCUACAAAAUCUCGCCGCCGUUUCCACGGCUUCUCCGACCUGAUCCAAGUUCUUGUGUUGAAUAUGUUUAUAAUGGGCCAUAAUGGGCCGAUUAUGUGUUUAGUGGAUUUGCAUGUGUGGAAUGCGAGGUGUGUAUAUAACCUAUGGGUUUUAAUGGGCUUCGUAAUUCCCAAAUUUAUUUACAUAGGGCAUUGAAGUCAAUUGUCAUACUAAUAGAUAAAAAUUUGUUA